AUGAAUUUGAAAGCCAGUUCAGUUAACCUUAUAAAAAAUGUAAUUAUUUUAUUUAUCUUUGGUAUUUACUUAAAAAUUUCAUUAAAAGUUAAAAGCAAUAAUCAAAGUGAAAAUAACCAUUUGCAUUCUGACCAAUACUAGGAAGAUGAAACUUAUUAAAUUCUCACCAACCCAUUCUAAUAUUAAAUAUAAAUGAGCAGCUAAAAUUAUUAAAAUUAUAACAAUAACCCUUCUUAUCAGCCUCUCUAAAUAGAAUAUGCUAAUUAGAAUUAUGAUUACUAACUAGAAUCAUUCUAACAGGAUUGUAAUAUGACAAAUUAUUUUUAAACUGAGUAAGAUAACAGGAAUUAACAUUCUCAAGAUCAAUUCAGAAAUGAUUUUAAAAAUUAAAAUUAUUUUGAACCAAACUAAUGCGAUGUUGAUAAUUAAGAAUUUAAAUUUUAAGUAGAUCGUCUUUAAUCCUCUGGUGAAUUUUUUAAAUGCUUAGAUUUCCUUGCCAUAAAAAAUUAUGAUAAAUUCUAAGAUUAAUAUCAAUAUUUAGGCGCCUUGUAAACGACAUUAUCUACUGAUUUGAAAAAAUUCGAUUUUAUUAACCCUAAUUAAGUCUACUAAGGAAAGAUAUAACCUGGAAAGAUUUUAAAAAUUUCUUGGUAGAAUUACUCAUCAAAAAAAUAUCUUGAUUUUUAUGAACUCCACGAAGAAAUGAACACACUUGUUUUACAUAAUAACUAAUACAUUGGGUAUAUUGAUCAUACAUAUUCUUUCAUUUGGGGUUACUUGCUAAAUAAUAAAAUUGUUAACAUUUAUCCUUAUUUUUUCUCGAAAGAAGGCAACAAGAUUCACAUACUUUUGGAAGUUUACAUUAAUCCAAAAUUUUUAAAGGCUCCUUUUGACUAAAAUAAUAACUAAUAAUACAGUUUUAAUAAAUGUAUUAAAUAUAUUGAUCAAGUCGCUCUUAAAAUCUUAUUAAAUAUUUUGAGACUAUAAAUAACAUCUCCCUCUUUAAUUGAAAGAGAUUUAUAAAAAUAUUUUUAAAAAUUCAAUAUAUUAAGAAAUCAAGUAUUUCCAAAAGUAUUGAUUUCUUGCAAAAAAACAUUUAACUAUUAUAAAACCUAAUUACAAAAUUUUCCAAAUCAUUUUGUUGAUUUUUAUUCACAAGUCAAUAAAGAAAUUGAGAUGCUCAAAUCUUAAAAGCAUUUUAAAUAAAUACAUUUCACAGAGCCAAUAUAAGCUAAUAUUAACUAUCCUAGUAAAAUGCAAAAUAUAUACUAUUGUAAGAAAUAAAACCAAAAAGAUUUCAUAAAAAAUAUCAAUAAUGUAGUAAUUAUUUCAGCAGAAAAAAGUAGUUAAGAAGAUUCCAUAGAUAAUGAAAAUUCUUAUAGGUUUUAUUAGUAAGCUUAAUAACCUUCAGAUGUCGUUUCGAAUCUUCAUCCCUAUCAACUUUAAGGUCUUUAAUGGCUUCUUUACAGAGAAAGGAGAGUUGAUAAUUUAUAUAUUCCUACUAUGAGAAAUUAAUUAUAAGAUUAGAAAACCAAAAUCGAUAUAGAUUAUGAAGAGAUUGAAUUAGUUGGUGGUUAAAAGAUUUACAGAAAUAUUAUAAAUAACAAAUUCUAAUAUGAAUUUCCUGAAUAAUAAGAUAUAUUUGGAGGUAUUUUGGCAGAUGAAAUGGGAUUAGGAAAAACCCUUACAAUUAUUUCUUUAAUUCACGAAACAAAAAAAGAAAGAACUUCUAAAUACGGAACCUUAAUUAUUACACCAUCAAAUCUAGUGAAUUAAUGGGAAAAUUAAUUUAAAAAUCAUUCUAAAGCAGAUUCAAUUUCUAUUCUGAACUUGCAAUAAAAAAAUAACAGAUCUAAAAGUUUUGAAGAUUAUGAUGUAGUUAUUUGUUCAUAUAACAUUAUUUGUAUGUUAUUUGAGAGCUAUGAUUUAAGUGAUAAAAUAUUCAAUUAAUAAUGGGAGAGAAUUAUCCUAGACGAAGCCCAAAAAAUUAAAAAUAAACAAUCUAAAGUUUCUGAAGCAUGUUUCGAAAUUUAAUCAAAAUACAAAUGGUGCUUAACAGGUACUCCUCUAGAAAACAGCAUAGAUGAUAUUUAUAGCUUGAUCCGUUUUUUAAACAUACCUAAAUACAGUGACUGGAAUUGGUGGCGCUAAAAUGUAAAAAAUACUAAAAAUUAAGAGUAAAAGAGCAACUCUUUCAAAAUUAUUAACCAAAUAAUUGAAAAUUUAACUUUGAGAAGGACUAAAAAAAGUUAGUAUGCUAACGGUGAAAGUAUAACUUCAAUACCUGAAAAGCAAAUUUAAAAUAUUUAUAUUGAUCUUUUUGACAAUGAGAAAAACAUCUACGAUAAAAUCUUCUAAAAAACUUAGCAAGUCUAUAAAUUCUUUAAAUAAAAUUCAAACAAAAAAGAUAAAAAUUAUAUGCAUGUCUUUGAAGUUCUAACUAAGUUGAGAAGGUUCUGUGUUCACCCUAGUCUUACUUUUAAAAUAGAAGAAGAGGCCAUUUAAGUAAGCGAAAAUAGCACUAAUGAUAUUAUUUCUAAAAUCAACUCAUUCUUGAAUGAAAUUUAAUCAAAAAUUUAAUAAUAAAAUAAAAAUAAUAAAGAAUCUAAUUAAAAUAAUGAUGAAAAAAACUAAGAACCAUAAAAUAAUAUAUCUUAAUAUUAAAAAGAAGUCAUUCAGCAAAUAAAAGAUGGAUAAUUUUAAGUUUGUAGUGUUUGCCUUGAAGAUAUAAAAUAUCACUCUAUAAGUUCUUGUCUUCACGUAUUUUGCUCAUCAUGCUUAGAAUAAAGUAUCCAAACUAAUCAUAAGUGCCCUCUUUGCCGUAAACAUUUAAGUAUGAGCGAUAUGCUGGAUUUUGUUGAUGAAGGAGCAGUAAUUCAUUAAUAAUUGAGUCAUUAUUUAAAUGAUGAAAUUAUCAGUGGAUCUAAGAUUUAAAAGACUGUUGAAAUCAUAGAAGAAAUCCAUAAAAAGGGAGAAAAAGUUAUAGUAUUUUCAUAAUGGAUAGACACUUUGAAUUUAUUAGAGAAGCAUCUCUAAAAAAAGCAAAUUUCUUUUAUGAGAUUCGAAGGUAAAUUAACUAAAUCUCAAAAGUAAAAGUCUCUAUAUCAUUUUGAAAAUCAAACAACUAAUGCUGACUUGUUACAAGCAUCUACUUUAAAAGAAGAUAGUAGCUAACAAGAAUAAACCAUGGGAUAAGAAGAAUAAUAUGAUAAUUCUAAUUAAAAUUAAGAGAAUACAUCAUAAACUCCUACUGUACUUUUAGCUUCGCUUAUGAGUGGAUAUGUUGGACUUAACUUGACAGGAGCUAACAAUUUAAUAUUAUGUGAUAGCUGGUGGAAUCCUGCUGUUGAAGACUAAGCAAUAAAUAGAAUUCAUAGGUUAGGCUAAUAGAAGCAAACUUAUAUCUAUAAAAUGAUUUGUAAAGAUACAAUAGAAGAAAAGAUUUAACAAAUCAAUGAUUAAAAAAGAGAUAUUUUCCAAACAAUUUUCAAUUCUUCUGAACAAAAUAAAAAUAAAAAAGCAAAAGAAUUCUUAUAACAGAUAUUGAAUUGA